CUAAAUGAAUUCCAAAAGUUGAAGAAUCUGAAUUGACACCUCAACUUCCUAUCCCUUUAGUUCCUCUACUUUGCUUACCUUUCCAUCUAAGCCCCCUUAGCUUAUACUCCUCCCCCCCUACCUUGUUUCCACCAACAAAAAGAGCAAAAGAAGGCAAAAACACUUAAUGGGGUUCUUUCUUUUCUCUCUUAGUUUGAGAAAAAUGGAAGCUUUCUUGAUUAUGAAUACUAGUUAGUUGUUAGGCUAUAGUGCAGAGGUUUUAGUGAACAUGGGAUCUAUUGGAAAUACAAAUCCAUGGGCACCUUUUGAUAGUUAUAAGGAUUGUUCACAAGGAAUUUGUAGUGUCUAUUGUCCACAAUGGUGUUACUUCAUUCUUCCUCCUCCACCUCCUGAUGAUGAAUCAGAUGAUUCUACCACAGCUUUUUCCCCUCUCAUCAUAGCAAUCAUCGGUAUCUUGGCGAGUGCAUUCCUUCUUGUUAGCUACUAUACCAUCAUCACUAAGUAUUGUAAGAGGAGGAGGAGCAGAAAUGCAGCCACAGAACUAGAAGCCAAUCGAAACGAGACGCCUCAAGAUCAAUGGCAAGUUGCUACUGCUGGAUUGGAUGAGUCAACUAUUAAGGCUAUUACAGUAUGCAAGUUCAAGAAAGGUGAAGGAUUGGUUGAAGAUACUGAAUGUGCUGUUUGUUUGAGUGAGUUUCAAGAAGAUGAGAACCUUAGGCUUUUGCCUAAAUGCAGCCAUGCUUUUCAUUUACCUUGUAUUGAUACUUGGUUGAAAUCUCAUUCUAAUUGCCCUCUUUGUAGGGCUAAUGUAGUAUCAUCUCCUAGUCCAUCAUUACCUCCUCCUAUUCCUUCAUCAGUAGCUCCUCCUCAUUCUUUAAACAUAAAUGCUCUUCAAUUUCAAAGACAAAAUGACUUGAUCUUAGUGGUGGAUGAUCAUGAACGAGUUCGUCGCGAAGAGGUUGUUGUUAGCCUUGUUUGUGAUGUUUCAACAAAGAACAGCUCAGGGGAAAAUUCUGAAUUCAGAAGAUCAAUGUCUUUAGGUGAAUUUUCAAGGCAACAUUUUCUAGUAGCUGAUAUGCUGAGAAUAACUGAAGAUGACGCGGAAGAAUCAGUCUGCAAUCAUGUUUCUAUGAAGAGAUCUGUCUCCACAGGAAGAUGCACAUUCUCAGGACAUAAAUAAAGGCGAGGACUUUGUUGUUCUUUGUUGAAACAUAAUUUUAAGUCUUGGUUGAAACUCUGUACAUUCUUGAAAUAUAACAACACACAUGAAAUUUAAUGAAUUCUGAUCUUUCUUCAAUUCCGAUAUACUAAUGAUCUAAUAAAAGUUUAACUUAUGAGUA